GGUGAUGAUGAUGAUAUAACCCAGAUCCAAAAGCCAGGUGUUCACACACACUCUCUCUCUCGUUCUUACUUCAAGUCUAUCUUUGGAGAAUUAAAGCUGCGGUCUUGCGCGAAACACACUCCUUUACGGCUACUUAACUUGGCUUCUACGCUCACACGCUCCCUUUCGUGUCCUAUCUCGGCGCAACACACAUGGCGCGGUCGAAAUCUUCCACGCCGAUACGGCGCGUACCGUCCGAGACGUACAAGCAGGCGAAUGGUGUCUCGCAUCAGUUAGACGGCGCGGUUCACUCGAUUGAGCAGAAGAUUGAAGAGCAGGCAGAGCUUCAUGCGCGGAAUCCACAGGAACAGAAAGACGCUGGGUUGCUGCAGUUGAUGAUCUGUGUAGGGGGAAUAUAUGCCAGUUUUAUGACCUGGGCGCAUAUCCAAGAGCGCCUGACGACCACCACCCACGGCCCUACCCACGCGCGCUUCACAUACUCCAUCUUCCUCAACACCGUUCAAUCCGCCUUUGCUGCCAUCUCGGGCCUCUUGUACCUCGUCCUGUCCGCGCCUCGCGACCCCCAGACCGGCGCGCGCAGAAUCCCGCCCAUCUUUCCUUCGCAGAAGAUCCUCUUCCCGCUGCUCUUGAUCGCCGUGACAUCCUCGCUCGCAUCGCCCUUCGGAUACGCCAGCCUAAAGCACAUCGACUAUGUCACCUUCAUCCUGGCCAAGAGCUGCAAACUGCUCCCCGUCAUGUUCCUGCACAUCUCGCUCUUCCAGAAGCGGUACCCGCUGUACAAAUACCUAGUCAUAGGCUGCGUGACGCUCGGCGUAGCCGUCUUCACCCUGCACAACCCGUCGACGGCGAAGAAGGCGGCGAAAAAGGGUCUCAGCGCAGACGCGUCCAAGACGCUCGGUCUCUUCCUCCUCGGCGUCAAUCUGCUCUUCGACGGCUUGACGAAUACCGUGCAGGACCAGAUCUUCAGCUCGUUCAAGGGAUUCACCGGCCCGCAGAUGAUGUGUGCGCAGAACAUCAUGUCCACCGCGCUGACGGUCGGCUACCUGCUCGUCUCGCCCUACAUCGCGGGUACACCCCUGGGCUCCUGGCUCGGCCUCGCGCCCACGGGCAACGGCGAACUCGCCGAUGCGCUGCACUUUGUCACUGCCAACCCGUCUGUCGGCUGGGACGUGCUUACCUUUGCGGCGUGCGGCGCCGUCGGGCAAGUCUUCAUUUUCCACACCCUCGCUCACUUUAGCUCGUUGCUGCUUGUUACUGUGACGGUUACGAGGAAGAUGCUUACCAUGGUGUGGAGCGUUUGGUGGUUUGGACAUGAGAUUACGGGCAUGCAGUGGGUGGGUGUGGGGCUGGUGUUUGGCGGCAUUGGGGCUGAGGCCGCGUUUAAUCGCGCUGAGAAGAAGAAGAAGAUGCUUGCGAAGGAGGCGCUGGCGAAGAAGCAGUGAUUUUUUGAGGGGUUUGACAUGGGUAGUAGAAGGAAGAAGGAGGGAGGGUUUAGAUGAAGAUUAGAUUUAUAUAAGGAGGGGAUUGAUACCAAUGGACUUCGAGCUUUCUAUGAGCAUACUUGAAAAGAUUUUGACAUGUAACGUACACUUAUCUUGCUUUUGUUCUCGUACCGCUAACCAGGCUUCUUGUGCCAGGCUAGGAAAUACCUCCUCAAUUC